AUGUCAGCCGGGGACAAGAACGGGGGCAGCCGCUCCAGCAGCAGCCGCCUGCAGAGCAAGAAGCCCCCCAACCUCUCCAUCGUCAUCCCACCCCGGGAGGCGGAGGAGGACGGCGCCCGCAAGGAGCCCUCCAAAGUCCCCAUCUACCGAAAGAGUAAGAGCCUGCAGGAGCCCCGCUCGAAGGGAUGCGACGGCUCGGAGCGCCGGCCCGGCUUCCGCCGGCAGACUUCCCUGUCCCAGAGCAUCCGCAAGGGCACAGCGCAAUGGUUCGGCGUCAGCAGCGACUGGGAGGGGAAGCGGCAGCAGUGGCAACGCAAGAGCUUGCAGCACUGCAGCAUGAGAUAUGGGGAAGUGAAGGCGGGUUUGGUGGAGGGUGGACGCUCUGUCUUGGAGCCACUGGCUCCCAAGCCAAGGAUCAACAAGAGGACCUUCAUGUACCCCAGCUUCAUGGACGAGGACAUGGUGGAUGCUGCCGAUACCCUGGACUCGUCCUUCUUCAGUAAGAUGGACAUGCACGACGAGACGUACUCCAUGCCCGAUGAUGUCUUCGAGUCACCGCCUCUAUCAGCCACGUAUUUACGCAUGCACCCGGUGGGGGAGGAUGCCAGGAUGUCCCCCGAGGUGGAGCAGCCCACCCCGCAGGAGGGGGUCCGGCUCGCUUCAGCCUCUGCCGGUGCUGACUCAGCUCCCCGGCGAGGCAGGCGCAUCGCUUCCAAAGUGAAGCACUUCGCCUUUGACCGCAAGAAACGCUACUACGGACUGGGGGUGGUGGGGAAGUGGCUGAACAGGACGUACCGCCGCAGCCUGAGCAGCAUCGUGCAGUCGCAGCUGGAGAUCACCGACAGCCACCGGCCGUAUUUCACAUACUGGAUCACCUUUGUCCACAUCCUCAUCACCUUGCUGGUCAUCGGCACCUACGGCAUCGCCCCCAUCGGCUUUGCCCAGCACGUGACGACAGAGUUAGUGCUGAGGAACAAGGGCGUCUACGAGAGCGUCAAGUACAUCCAGCAGGAAAACUUCUGGAUCGGGCCCAGCUCGAUCGACCUGAUCCAUCUGGGAGCCAAGUUCUCCCCCUGCUUCUGGAAGGAUCGGCAGGUGGAGCGGCUCAUCCAGCGUGAGCGGGACCGGGAGCGCAGCUCCGGCUGCUGCGUCCAGAAUGACAACUCGGGCUGCAUCCAGACGCUGCCGCAGGACUGUUCGGAGACGUUGGCGACGUUCAUCAAGUGGCCGGCCACCAACGCGCCAGCCAUGGUGCAGGGUGAGAAGCGGACGUCGGGGGCUGUGUGUCACCAGGACCCCAGGACGUGCGAGGAGCCGGCGUCCAACCCACCCCACGUGUGGCCCGAUGACAUCACCAAGUGGCCGAUCUGCACCUACGAGACCAAAACCAACCACACGGGCUUCGCCCACAUGGACUGCCAGAUCAAGGGCAGGCCCUGCUGCAUCGGCACCAAGGGCAGCUGCGAGAUCACGACGCGGGAGUACUGCGAGUUCAUGCACGGCUACUUCCACGAGGAGGCAACGCUCUGCUCGCAGGUGCACUGCCUGGACGAGGUCUGCGGCCUCCUGCCCUUCCUCAACCCGGAGGUCCCCGACCAGUUCUACCGCCUGUGGCUAUCCCUGUUCCUGCACGCCGGCGUCAUCCACUGCCUGGUGUCGGUGACUUUCCAGAUGACGGUGCUGAGGGAUCUGGAGAAGCUGGCGGGCUGGCAUCGCAUCUCCAUCAUUUUUAUCCUCAGCGGCAUCACGGGCAAUCUGGCCAGUGCCAUCUUCCUGCCGUACAGGGCAGAGGUGGGCCCUGCCGGGUCCCAGUUUGGCUUGUUGGCUUGCCUCUUCGUGGAGCUCUUCCAGAGCUGGCAAGUGCUGGAGAAACCUUGGAAAGCUUUCCUCAACCUCUUUGGCAUCGUCCUCUUCCUCUUUGUCUGUGGCCUUUUGCCGUGGAUCGAUAACAUCGCUCACCUCUUCGGCUUCCUCAGUGGCCUCCUCCUCUCUUUCGCCUUCCUGCCCUACAUCACCUUCGGCACGGUGGACAAGUACCGCAAGCGAGCCAUGAUCAUCGUCUCCUUGCUGGUCUUCGUGGGGCUUUUCGCCUCGCUGGUGGUCUGGCUCUACGUCUAUCCCGUGAACUGGCGCUGGGUUGAGUAUCUCACCUGCCUGCCCUUCACCAGCAAGUUCUGCGAGAAGUACGAGCUGGAGCAGGUCCUGCACUGA